GGCCGUUUUCUGCUGUGCAGAUCUGUUCCAGUAGGCCAAGGAACAAAAAAAAACAAAAAAAAACACUGUAGUACAUUUUGUGUCGGCCGAAAAUCCCAGGAAGGAAAGGAAGCGGACAGGCUCCACCGAGGGAGCCGGAAAUGAAAGGGGGUGUCCAAAGAGGAAACCUGAUCCCUUUAAGAGCAAGUGGGACAUAGCGGUGCGAGAAAAGGAGAGGAGGGGGAGAAGAAAGCGGAAUUAAAAAAGAAAAGGAAGAAAGAGACAGGGAGGGAGGAGGGAGAGCGGGCGAUAAAAAAAGAAAGAUGACAUCCUCGCAGCUGAGCGGCCGAGGUGGAGCGAUAGGCUGCGGCCCGGCGAGAGCGCCGCUAGCCGGGGUCAGGGCUUGAAUCCAACAACGAGGCUUCGACAAACACCCGAUUGGCCUAUUGGGGGAAAUCGGAAAAAUAGAUUCAUAACUUAAAAACAAAGCAUGAUCUGCUGUGCUACCAGAUACGUGUGUUAUAACCCAUAUUCGUUCUCUUGCGUAAAAUGCAUUUAUUUCAUGCAGAGUGAGUUGUGUUUGUUGCUAAAGUGUAACACUGUGAUAUGCGAUUUUUUAGUUUUGUUUUGUUUGUGAAAGCAGUUUUGUUGUGCGCUGGUGCGUUUUAGGAAAAUUAGCAUUGAAUGAAUUAAAGUUAGAAACCAAAGUCGAAAGGGAACAGGCCGUUAUUGGUCCUGGCCUGCUCCACUCCAGCCUGGGUACGGCAGCCUGCGUUGGUCAACAGCUGCGUGCAUUUUAAUUUACAGCAUUAGGCUACCUCAUUGAGAAAACCCGGUUUUUGCAGACGACUUUAUUCGCGUUUUUCAAGAGAAUCCAGAAGCCCGGUGUCUUUGCUGCAGCACGGGCGACUGCUGGCGCCUCAGUCAUCGGUGGGCCGAUGAAAACCAUGCAAAGGCUGCUCUCACCGAUCUCAAUCAGGAGCUGACUCUAUUAUCCCCAUCGCUGUGGCGCAAAAUGGAUGCUCCCUGGAGCAACUUCCUCUUCCAGAAUACUCCCACCCAAAACCAAGUGGAGGGGAGCCUCCAAUCAGAGCUCAUGCCAGUGCAUACGAGUUCUCCCCAGACCCCACCCACAGACCACUUAGCACAGCCUCCUUCCACUGUGGACACUGCUGCUCUCAACGAGGAGCCCCUGCCUGAUUUCUUUUUGUCUUUUCUCCCACUUCUGUCUGGUCCAGUGAAGCCAGUGUCUCGACCGGCCCGCAUGUCCCAUAUCUGUGCCAUCUGCAACAAGCAGUUCAAGAACAACUACAACCUGCGGCGGCACCAGUCGGUCCACACUGGGCGCCCUGCAAAUCCCAACCCAAAUCCAGUGAGAAAGAACCAUGCCUGCGAGACAUGCGGGAAGGCUUUCCGUGACGUUUACCACCUCAACCGCCACCGCCUGUCCCACUCAGACGAGAAGCCGUUCUCCUGUCCCAUCUGCCAGCAGCGCUUCAAGAGGAAGGACCGCAUGAGCCACCAUGUGAGAUCCCACCAGGGUGGAGUGGAAAAACCCUACGUGUGCCCCCACUGUGGCAAAGCUUUCUCCAGGCCGGACCAUCUCAACAGUCACGUCAGACAGGUGCACUCCUCGGAGCGACCCUUCAAAUGCCCGACCUGUGAGUCCAGCUUUGCUACGAAGGAUCGUUUGCGUGCUCAUAUGGUUCGACAUGAGGAGAAGGUCCCCUGCCACAUUUGUGGAAAGCUCCUGUCUGCUGCUUACAUCACAGAUCACAUGAGGGUGCACAAUCAGUCACAGCAUCAUGCCUGUCAUCUCUGUAACCGCAGCUUCACCACAUUGACAUACCUUCGUGUCCAUGCCCAGAAGCACCAUGGCCAAGAGUGGAAGGACAGUCCGGGUGGAUUUGGUGGCACAGCCUCUAGCGGCGUACUCGUCUGUCACUUGUGCGGCGUCCACUGCAAGACACCCACCCAGCUCCAAGGGCACAUGGGCACCCAUGGCAACAGCCAGGGUGCCCCGAGCCCUGUCACCUCUAACGUGGCUGCCAGCAGCUCUGUCUCCCUUAGCAGCAUGGUGACAGCGCCGACUGUUUACGUCACUGGUAAUACAGUGGUGGACCUUCUUGUCACAGACUGCUCUAGCAUUGCAGCACCACAGCCCCACAGUUAGCAGUAGAGAGAUCAGUAAUAGUAGGUUGAAGUCACUCGUAGAUGCUGAUCCAGUUUCAGUUUCGUCAUGUCUUCUUUUACAGAUAAGGUUAGGAUUUUAAGGUGGGGGAGAUUAACAGCAGGAGGGAAGAAAGAGUUGUACUGACAAAGCAACAACAUCAUGGAAAGAGACUGUGGCUGCAGUGGGUUCGUUGACACUAACGGCAAACAUGGAUGUGUUAUCAAAGUACUCCUGAAUACUCCUGUGCAUUUAAGACUCCAUUGAAAUUGUGGUAUUGUGAUCAUCUACUGUAUUACUCUCCACUCUCAACCCUGACAUUGGCUGCUGUCUGCAAGUACACCAAGUACUGUAUAUCUCACACCAGCUCUGAUCUUACCUCGAUUUUGCAGUUCACUUACUAAGAAUCCAAAUGGUUUGCAUUUAAAAAGAAGUAGCAGGAUGAUAAUAGCUCUUAGAAAAUGUAACAGCAAAAUGCAUUAGAAGGGACAUUGUGUGUUUGGGUGUGUGUCAAGGCAGGGCACCUCUAGCAUGUUAGUUAGUUUGUUCACAAAACUAAAAGAAGCAUUUGAUUUGAAGCUCUAAUGCUAGUUUAUUAUGCUAGUUUAAAUGGCAGGACACAAGACCAUACGUGUGGUGGUCGGUGUGUAAUCAUGAGAUGUACUUGUUCAUUUGUUUCCUAAAGGUACAUAAAUAAGAAUAGAGUUGUGUUCAGGAGUAUCAAGCACCUUGGAAUUGUUGUUGAUUCAGCGAGGAUCAAAAUGAGUUUGAAAUUUCUUGGGUUUUCUUGCUCUCAGUCUUCCUCUCUGGGUCUGUCUGACAUUAAAAAAAA